AUGCUUAUAUCAUAUGAAACAGUACAAGCUAUACGUUUUAAUUUUCCUCGUUUGAAAACAUUUUCAGCUUGUUUACCACAUUUUGAAGAUUUUCGUGAUGCAAUUCCAUCAUUUAUACAUAAUAUGAAAUCACUUCAAUAUCUUCAGAUUGGUCUUGAAGGUGAUAAUGAUAAAAAAAAUUUUACUACACAAGAUAUGUAUGAAUGGUUUCAAAAACAUAAUAUUUUACAUGAAAUUAGAUUACAUAUUGAUACUUAUACUAAUUCAAUACACAUUUGGUUAUAA